GAGACACUGUCCAUUUACUCGAUAAUUGAAAGCUGCAGUGACAAAGCUGGCAGUCGUUACGAACGCUUGGAGCUCCAACAUACAGUACGGUACUGCACUUCACGUUUUUAGGAAGCGCUGCCAUGUCUAGUGUGUUGACGCUUACAAGACUACAACAGAUGCGGCUUUAUGCGAGGAAGAGACAGCAGCCUGCGGUGCACGUGGCCAUUCGACGUCGGUCUCUAGCACGUCGCUUCGGUUGGAUACAUGCUUCUGCCAGUUCGCCUAGAGAAUUGACGACUUUGUUUGGCGAUGACGACUUUUACACGAUUCUGGGCGUGCCCCCCUCCGCCUCAUCCCGCGACAUCCGCGCCGCCUACCGCUCCCUCAUGCGCCGCUUUCACCCCGACCGGGCCCCCGAGGGACUCCGAGCGCAGCUGCAGGAGCUGUGUGCGCUGUUAAACCAGAUUGCGGAGACCCUGAGCGAUGAGGACUCGAGAGCCUUGUACGACAGGCUAGCUGGAUUCUCGUACAGUGCCGUGAACCCCUUCCUGGACAGCAGCUUCGCUCGG